GAUACAUCUUCUCUGAGCAGAUCAGUAACUUCUAUUUGUGGAAAGUCUUGCUUGUUAGAACAAAUAGGGCCACAUGCACCUAUAUUGACCAAAUUGACACCCCAUUAGAUAUAUUUUGCUUAAUGUAAAUAUUGAUGUCACAACAUCGCAUUACAUGGUUGUUGUUACUAAAAUUACCUGUGCUGUUUCUUUAAGAGACUUUCCUGCUCACAGGAUCUUUAAGUAAAGAGACUUUGUAAUAUUAGACACUAGAGGACGCAUAGCAACAGGAAGUGUACUGUAAAAUGUGCUAUUGCACGAAGUUUACAUUGUCCUGACAUGUUCCUAAUAUUCUUCAGCAUUUCAGGAAUGAUAAAGGAAUAAGUUGCUCUUUCUGAGAGAGAUGAAGGCGCGAUGAAACAGCAGCACUGAAAUAAGUGGAAGCACUUCUUAAGCCAGUCACUUUCACUGCAAGAUGGAAUUAUUUUCUAAAACCAUGAUUUAUCUCUCACUCUGGUUCAAUAUCUUGAUCUUUCUUUGUUCUUUCUGUAAUGGUGGCAAAAUCUUGGUGGUUCCUUUGGAGGGAAGUCAUUGGGUGAACAUGGAUGUACUCAUCAAGGUCUUACACAGCCAGGGUCACACACUUGAUGUAAUACGCACCAGCAACAGCUGGUACGUGAAGGAAAACUCCACUUAUUACAACUCUAUAACAGUACCUAACUCCAAAUGGAUUGAUGAAGGAUUUAUAAAAGAAAUGCUCCACAAAAUUAUCAACCACGAUAGAGGAAAGAGCACCUUGCUAAGUGUUUUACGUUUGCAUGUGGAUAUGUUCAAUAGCUUAUUUAAAGUGCAUGGAAUGAUAUGUGAGCUUGUAACAAACAUAUUUGAAAAUGAUGACUUAAUGAAGACAUUGAAGGAAAGGCAGUAUGAUGUGGUCCUCACUGAUCCUAACUGGGGUUCUGGCAUUCUUCUGGCUCAUAAACUUCAGUUGCCCAUGGUCUAUAACGUGAGGUGGACCAUUUGUGGUGAAGGACACUUAGACAUUGCUCCUUCACCACUGUCCUAUAUUCCUAUGACACUAUCAGGACACACUGACAAAAUGAACUUCUUUCAAAGAGUUAAAAAUGUUUUCUUCUAUUUGUUGAUGAACCUUUCAUACAAGCUUUUGAAUGAGCCACAGUACCAAGCUCUUUGUAACAAAUAUUUUCAUCCAUCUGUACGGUUUCAUGACCUUCUCCAGGGGGCUGACAUUUGGCUCAUGAGGGUUGAUUUUGUUUUUGAAUUUCCACGUCCAACCUUGCCAAAUAUCAUCUACAUUGGCUGCUUCCAGUGCAAACCAGCAAAGGCUCUUCCACAAGAUCUGGAGGGCUUCAUGCAAAGUUCUGGAGAACAUGGAGUCAUUGUCAUGUCUUUAGGGACAUUUGUCAGUGACCUACCACAUGAUGUAACUGAGGAAAUAGCUGAUGCUUUUGCUCAGCUCCCUCAAAAGGUGAUUUGGAGAUACACUGGAAAGAGACCAUCUACUUUGGGCAACAACACAUUACUGGUUGACUGGAUGCCACAGAACGAUCUUCUAGGACAUCCAAAGACUAAAGUUUUUGUUGCACAUGGUGGAACCAAUGGGGCUCAGGAAGCUUUGUAUCAUGGUAUCCCAGUGGUGGGAAUUCCACUCUUUUUUGACCAAUACGACAAUCUUCUUCGACUUCAAGACAAGGGAGCAGCCAAGAUAGUCUCCAUCGCAACUUUAGAUAAGAAUGUCCUCUACACAGCCAUACGUGAAGUAAUCAAUGAGCCAUCCUAUAGACUGAGUAUGCAGAGACUGUCUCAUCUUCACCAAGACCAGCCAGUUAAACCUUUGGACAGUGCCCUCUUCUGGAUUGAGUUUGUUAUGAGACACAAAGGUGCUGCUCACCUUCGUACAGAAUUCUACAAACUGCCUUGGUACUCCUAUUACUCAAUAGAUGUUGCAGUUACAUUGCUUGUAGUUGUUUUGAUUUUCAUUCUCUUGAUAUUUUUAACAGUCCGAUAUCUGUGUGUCAUGUUGUGCUGUAGUAGAAAAAGGAAAACUGAGUGACUGACACGUUUACAUGUUUGCA